AUGGACCGGCCAACAUAUACACUAUUGACCAUCGUGGCACUGGACACGCUCUUCGACUGCGUGGCGUGCGAUGCGUUGGGUCUAAGUGACUACAACGCCAAUGGCGUUGUCUACGAGCAUGAGCGAUACUGGAACAAGAGUGCUACCAUCCCGAGCCAAGGUAGUGUUUUAUUACUGAGCAGCAAACUAAACCCCAAGACACCGCAUAAGUACACCGAGUAUCUUCUCGAUGUGUCGAAGGGUGACAACAAGGAACUAAUUGCCUUCACCUACACUACCCACGGAUCGGUUGCGUGGACGUUUCUUAUCGACAACGAUUACAACAGUCAAACGUGCGGCAUGCUGUUGUUGGCAUCGUACGUGAGCAAUGGAGGAGACGUGCAGAGUCUCGACAAGUUGUGUCUAAACAAGAUGCCUCAGUUUAAUUUGGCUGUUUCGACUGACUCCCAAUGCAUUUACCUGAGCACGGAAGAUGUCUAUGAUGGUGAGUAUAACCCAAGCUUACGUGACAUAUACACUUAG